GCAGCAACACCAUUCGCUUUGCUUGACGUUUCACGGUAUGACGUGUAUCCUCGGAAAACUCAAAACCACCAUCUCUUCUCGGUUGUUAUUAUUGUUUAGAAGGACUUCGAGCGGUCCUCUUAUUUGGGGUGGGGGGGCCUAAGCUACCACUUGACCGAAAACAAACCCCCCUUUCUGGUAGGAAGCGUCCCAUUCGAACUUCUAUUGUGCUCCCCCCGGUGUUUUGAGAGCGCCCUCCCGGUCCGCCGUCUUUGCCAAGCAGCUUAUGGAGGAGCGGGUUUCCGAGUUGUUUGCCUCAGAAAAUGGACACGACGGCUCUCGGACUGAAGUGAACCUGGGCAAUGGUUGCGGACGUACCUCCGCCACCAAAAGGGCUUCUGCCAAGAAGAAGAGAGCGAAUGGGCGACACUUUCGCAGCUUCAAACCGAGCAACAGCACCCCUUAUCUACCACCUGAGGUAGAAGAAGGGAAUAUCGAGUACAAGCUAAAGCUCGUGGACCCUACGCCGAGUCGAUUCGAGCACCUGGUGACGCAAAUGAAAUGGCGGCUCCAGGAGGGUCGCGGAGAAGCUGUCUACCAGAUCGGGGUGGAGGAUAACGGCAUGUUGGUGGGCCUGUCGGAGGACGAAAUGAAGGCGUCCCUCACCACCCUUCAUAAGAUGGCUGAGAAAGUUGGGGCUGACAUCACCAUCCUCCGACACGCAGAGGUGGACUACGACACCGAUCGGCCUCUCACCAUCGCCGAAGCGCUGAUACGAAAGGUGCCAGAUGACCAGCAGUUCCUGGACCUGCGAGUCGCCGUCAUCGGUAACGUGGACUCGGGCAAAUCGACUCUGCUGGGCGUUUUGACGCAGGGCGAGCUGGAUAAUGGACGGGGGAGAGCCAGACUCAACCUCUUCAGGCAUCUCCAUGAAAUCCAGACUGGGCGAACAUCUAGCAUCAGCUUUGAGAUCCUGGGUUUUAACAGUAAAGGAGAAGUUGUGAACUACAGCGAGUCUCGAACGGCAGAGGAGAUUUGUGAGAGUGCCUCUAAAAUGAUCACGUUCAUCGAUCUGGCGGGUCACCAUAAAUACUUGAAGACAACCAUCUUUGGCCUCACCAGCUACUACCCCGAUUUCGCCAUGCUUGUCGUCAGUGCAAAUACCGGCAUUGCUGGCACGACACGGGAACACCUGGGCUUGGCCAUGGCCCUGAAGGUGCCCAUCUUCAUCGUCAUCAGCAAAGUGGACCUGUGCACGCGGGCCGCCGUGGAGCGGACUGUACGGCAGCUGGAGCGAGUACUCAAGCAGCCGGGCUGCAACAAGGUGCCCAUGGUUGUGGCCAGCACGGACGAUGCCGUUGCCGCCGCUCAGCAGUUUGCCCAGUCGCCCAACAUUACACCCGUCUUCACCGUGUCCAGCGUGUCCGGAGAGAAUCUGGACCUGCUCAAGGUCUUUUUCAACAUCAUCCCCCCGCUGAGCAACAGCAAGGAGCAGGAGGAGCUGAUGCAGCAGCUCACUGAGUUUCAGGUGGAUGAAAUCUACACGGUGCCAGAAGUGGGCACUGUGGUGGGCGGGACUUUGUGCAGUGGUAUUUGCCGCGAGGGAGAUGAUCUGGUGGUCGGGCCCACAGACUCGGGGCUGUUCCACAAAUUGACCGUCGGGAGCAUCCAGAGGAACCGCUCGGCUUGCCGGGUGCUUCGCGCCGGACAGGCUGCCACGCUGGCGCUCGGAAACUUCAACCGCACCUUGCUGCGAAAGGGAAUGGUGAUGGUGAGUCCAGAGAUGGACCCGACCAUCUGCUGGAUAUUUGAGGCUGAGAUUGUACUGCUCUUCCACUCCAAGACCUUCCACAAGGGCUUCCAGGUGACCGUGCACAUUGGCAACGUGAGGCAGACCGCCACCGUGGAGGCCGUCUAUGGCAAGGAGGAGCUGAGGACGGGGGAGAAGGCGGGCGUCCAGUUUAAAUUCCUCAAGCAUCCCGAGUACCUGAAGAUGGGGGCCAAGGUGCUCUUCAGGGAGGGCGUCACCAAGGGCAUCGGCCACGUCACCAAGUUGCAUCCCAUUGCGCAGUAUCGCCACGUCCCGGAGAGCGACGAAGAUGAAGAUGACGACUAGAGCCUAAGAGAAACACACAAGUGCUGUUUGGUUUGCUUUUUAUAACGGACAAGCUUCCCACAAAUGUCCGCACACGUUGCCGCUCUCAUCCGUAGAAGGUAAACAAGUUGGCAUUUUGAAGAGCACCUUGCCUUUUAUACCUUCAAGAUACUUCCAAAGCCAGGAAUGUAGCCUCACACACUGUCCGUCACGAAGGGAAAGUCAGCAAUUGGUAAACAAGUUGGCAUUUUUAAGAGCACCUUGCCUUUUAAACCUUCAAGAUACUUCCAAAGCCAGGAAUGUAGCCUCACACACUGUCUGUCACGAAAGCAAUUGGUUUGUAAGAAUAUGGGCUUGAGCAGGAAAAAAAAAAAAAUGAUCAGAGCGCAACAUAGAAACUGAUGACAGCAGAAGAAAUACGGCAACUCCUCUGGUACAAAAUACUCAGCUACCAAAAGAGCACACGAUUUUAAAAUUGGAGUUUGUUUUGGUCAAAUAUUUUGUGACUGAUCCUUGUCCGAACGGCCAGAAGGGGCCCUUGUGGACAACAGAAUUGUUGGAUUCAAAAGCCAGUAUGUUUCAAAGGUAUUUGCUGCCAAUUCUUGUUAAUGAUGUCUCUCACUCGCACUCAGACACAAGCGUGAACAGUGCCUAAUGGAAGUGCCUUCCGUCACAAGAAUUAAAAAAAAACAACUGGUGCUACUAGUUCAAAACACACAAAUAUUUGUACCAAAAUUUUGACUGUUAAGUACUGCUCCAAAGCAAGACUGUGGGCCUUAUAUUAACAGUCUUAGUCCACAGUCACUCCACUUGCGUUGUGCAUAUUUCAACCAUUGUAUUAUAGAUCUGCUUUUACAUUUUGUUUUUGUACACCUCAGGUAUAUUUCUAGUAGUUUGUACAUUUUACAGUUCUAUAUUUUUUAAUCCCCUUUUAUUGAUGGGACCGUGUAUAAUCACGUCUGAUCCAUUGUAUGUACAGAUGCAAUAUUAUGUGUGGUGUUGAUAAGAAAGCCGUUUAUCCAAUUAAAUGUUGACUUCUGA